AUGUCAACAGCUAUAACACCAUCGCAUUCACCACCUUUUACUUUUGGUGUAUCGCUAGAUGAUACGGAUGACGAAAAACAGGACAGCAUUGUCAAGGAUAUCAUAGAAUCCCUAAAAUUACCUACUUCCCCGGCAGAACAACAAUAUUUAAGCCCUGACUAUCCAGCUAUAAAAUUAUCAGAAAGGGUAUCGGUCGACAAUCAAGCAGAGGCAUUGAAUGUGUUUACAACUCAUCAGACAUCUGUAGCUAGUGCUACAAAUGCACCACCUCAAAGAGAGAAUACGGUGGUGAGAUAG